UAAUGUCCUUCUCACUGCAGUUUGACACGCGCCCCGGAGUGAGCCACCAGCCAGCGGCCCCUCCCGCCCCUUUCGUCCGUGCGAGUGACUCUUCUCUCGGCUUCACUCCCGACGAGGAACCCGGUGCACCCGGUUCAUCUUUUUUUUUUUGUUUUUUGAUUUUUUUUUAAAUAGCUACCCCCAAGAUGGAAGCUUGCAGAUGGCAAGAUUAGCGUUUAGAAUACAACCAUACCGCCCGCGUGUCUUUCAUGACGCCUUGGUUGGUGCAGAAGAGAUUUUCUCAAAUCUUUUUACCCAUUUUGGGGGGAUCUAAUAAGAUAGUGAGCUCCGGGGGACGGAGUUGUCGCAACCAUGAGCUCCGGGGAAGGAACGGAAGAGACUGCGAAGGACGCCGGGGAUUCAUCGUUCAAGACAGAUGGAUCCCUACCUAAAGAGCCAAAAGGCGAUGUGUCGAGUCAGAUCGCAGGUUUUAGGAGAAAUGAGGACAUGAGAGCAAUGGAGGUCCUUCCCAUCCUUAAAGAAAAAGUUGCUUUUUUGUCAGGUGGCAGGGACCGACGCGGUGGCCCAGUGUUAACCUUCCCGUCACGCAGCAACCACGACAGAAUACGAACGGACGACCUACGAAGACUGAUCGCCUAUCUUGCCGGUAUUCCAAGCGAGGAGGUCUGUAAACAUGGCUUCACGGUCAUCGUGGACAUGCGCGGCUCCAAGUGGGACAGCAUCAAGCCUCUGCUGAAGAUCCUGCAGGAGUCGUUCCCAUCGUGCAUCCACGUCGCUCUCAUCAUUAAACCUGACAACUUCUGGCAAAAGCAGAGGACCAAUUUCGGCAGCUCCAAGUUUGAGUUUGAGACCACCAUGGUGUCACUAGAGGGUCUGACAAAGGUUGUGGAUCCCUCCCAGCUAACGUCGGACUUUGAUGGCAGCCUUGACUACAACCAUGAAGAGUGGAUUGAGAUCCGCGUGGCGUUUGAGGAGUUUUCCGGUCACGCCACACAAAUGCUCACACGGCUGGAGGAGAUGCAGGAAACAGUUUCGCGGAAAGACUUCCCACAAGAUCUGGAGGGAGCGAGGAGGAUGAUAGAAGAACAUGCCACGCUAAAGAAGAAGGUCAUCAAAGCGCCUAUAGAGGAACUAGACACUGAGGGACAGAGGCUACUUCAACGAAUACAGAGCAGCGAGAAAUCGUCAAACCGCAACGGCGGAGGCAGCAGCACGAGCGGCAGUGGUGGCAGCAGUACAAGCGGAGCGUGCAACGGCGACACCCAAGGCCUGGUCCCGCGUAUCACGCAGCUGCUGGAAAAGCUGCACUCCACCCGGCAGCACCUCCACCAGGCCUGGCACGUCCGCAAGCUGCAGCUGGACCAGUGCUUACAGCUGCGCCUCUUCGAGCAGGACGCCGAGAAGAUGUUUGACUGGAUCUUGCACAACAAGGGUUUGUUCCUGGCAGGCUACACUGAGAUUGGCAACAACCACCCGCACGCUGUGGAGCUGCAAACCCAGCACAACCACUUUGCUAUGAACUGCAUGAAUGUCUACGUGAACAUCAAUCGUAUCAUGUCGGUGGGCAAUCGGCUGCUGGAGUCGGGCCACUAUGCCUCCCAUCAAAUCAAGCAGAUUUCUAGCCAGUUGGAGCAGGAGUGGAAGGCCUUUGCCGCCGCCCUGGACGAGCGCAGCACGUUGCUGGAGAUGUCGGCCAGCUUCCAUCAGAAGUGUGACCAGUACAUGAGCAACGUAGACUCGUGGUGUAAGGCGUGCGGCGAAGUGGAUUUACCCUCCGAGCUACAGGACUUGGAAGACGGCAUUCACCACCACCAAGGCUUGUACGAGCACAUCACCGCCGCCUACUCGGAGGUAAAACGCAGCUCAAGUUUGCAUCUUUUGCAACUGCGACCAAAGAAUGGCAACAUUUUUUUGGGUGUACUCCAGGUAAGCCAGGAUGGCAAAGCCCUGUUGGACAAAUUGCAGCGACCGCUCACACCGGGCAGUGCCGACUCUCUGACGGCGUCGGCCAACUACUCCAAGGCGGUGCAUCACGUACUGGAUAUCAUCCACGAGGUGCUGCAUCACCAGAGGCAGCUGGAGAACAUCUGGCAGCACCGCAAGGUUCGCUUGCACCAGCGGCUCCAGCUCUGCGUCUUCCAGCAAGAUGUCCAGCAAGUGUUGGACUGGAUUGAGAACCACGGUGAGGCCUUCCUAAGUAAGCACACAGGUGUGGGCAAGUCCCUCCAUCGAGCCCGAGCACUCCAAAAGCGACACGAAGAUUUCGAGGAGGUGGCCCAGAACACUUACACCAAUGCAGACAAGUUGUUGGAGGCGGCCGAGCAGUUGGCCCAGACGGGAGAGUGCGACCCAGAGGAGAUCUACCAGGCCGCCCACCAGCUCGAAGACCGGAUCCAAGACUUUGUUCGCCGCGUGGAGCAACGCAAGGUCCUCCUGGACAUGUCUGUCGCCUUCCACACGCACGUCAAAGAGCUGUGGACGUGGCUGGAAGAUCUCCAGAAGGAGCUGCUGGACGACGUGUAUGCCGAGUCGGUGGAAGCCGUCCAGGAUCUGAUCAAACGCUUCGGACAACAGCAGCAGACCACUCUGCAGGUCACAGUCAACGUUAUCAAAGAGGGCGAGGAUCUUAUCCAGCAGCUCAGGGAUUCGGCCAUCUCGAGCAACAAAACGCCACACAACAGCUCCAUCAACCACAUUGAAAGCGUUCUGCAGCAGCUCGACGAGGCUCAAGCUCAAAUGGAGGAGCUCUUCCAGGAGAGAAAGAUCAAACUGGAGCUAUUCCUCCAGCUUCGCAUCUUCGAGAGGGACGCCAUUGAUAUUAUUUCUGAUUUGGAAUCGUGGAACGAGGAGCUGACGGGUCAAAUGAACGAUUUCGACACGGAGGACCUGACUGUAGCUGAGCAGAGGCUACAGCAUCACGCCGACAAGGCCUUGACCAUGAACAACCUUACCUUCGACGUCAUCCACCAGGGACAGGAACUGCUUCAAUAUGUAAAUGAAGUUCAGGCCUCUGGUGUCGAGCUGCUGUGCGAUCGCGAUGUGGACAUGGCGACCCGCGUUCAAGACCUGCUGGAGUUUCUCCACGAGAAGCAGCAAGAGCUGGACUUAGCUGCUGAGCAGCACCGCAGGCACUUGGAGCAGUGCGUCCAACUGAGGCAUCUGCAGGCUGAAGUCAAACAGGUUCUCGGUUGGAUCCGUAAUGGCGAGUCGAUGCUAAACGCUGGUCUCAUCACCGCCAGCUCCCUGCAGGAAGCUGAGCAGCUGCAAAGGGAACAUGAACAGUUUCAGCACGCCAUUGAGAAGACCCACCAGAGUGCCCUGCAGGUUCAGCAGAAGGCCGAGGCACUGCUUCAGGCCAACCAUUACGACAUGGACCUGAUCAGAGACUGUGCUGAAAGCGUGGCGUCCCACUGGCAGCAGCUUAUGCUCAAAAUGGAGGACAGACUCAAGCUGGUUAACGCCUCUGUGGCCUUUUACAAAACUUCAGAACAAGUGUGCAGUGUUUUAGAAAGCCUGGAGCAGGAAUAUAAAAGAGAGGAGGACUGGUGUGGAGGAGUGGACAAACUCGGCCCCAACUGUGAAACGGACCACGUAACCCCCAUGAUCAGUAAACAUCUGGAGCAGAAGGAAGCCUUCCUUAAGGCGUGCACGCUGGCGAGGAGAAACGCGGACGUCUUCCUCAAGUACAUGCACAGAAACAGCGUCAACAUGCCGGGAAUGCUGAGUCACGUCAAAGCACCAGAGCAGCAAGUUAAAAACAUCCUCAAUGAGUUGCUGCAGAGAGAAAACCGUGUCCUCCACUUUUGGACCAUGAGGAAGCGACGUCUGGACCAGUGUCAGCAGUAUGUGGUGUUUGAACGCAGUGCUAAACAGGCCCUGGAGUGGAUUCACGACACAGGGGAGUUUUACCUGUCCACACACACCUCCACUGGCUCGAGCAUCCACCACACGCAGGAGCUGUUGAAGGAACAUGAGGACUUCCACAUCACCGCUAAGCAAACCAAAGAGCGCGUGAAGCUACUCAUUCAGUUGGCGGACGGAUUUUGCGACAAAGGUCACAGUCAUGCCGGCGAGAUAAAAAAAUGGGUGACGGCAGUGGAUAAACGUUACCGGGACUUCUCCCUGCGAAUGGACAAGUACCGCUGCAGCCUGGAGAAAGCCUUGGGUAUCUCGUCAGACUCCAAUAAAGCUAGUAAGGAUCUCCAACUGGACAUCAUUCCUGCCACAGCUCCGGGCUCAGAUGUCAAGUUGAGGGAUGCCGCCCAUGAGCUCAACGAGGAGAAACGCAAGUCUGCACGCAGAAAAGAUUUCAUCAUGGCUGAGCUGAUCCAGACUGAAAAGGCAUAUGUGCGAGACCUGCGGGAGUGCAUGGAUACUUACCUGUGGGAGAUGACCAGCGGCGUGGAGGAGAUUCCUCCAGGAAUUCUCAAUAAGGAGCACAUCAUUUUCGGGAACAUGCAGGAUCUUUAUGAAUUCCACCAUAACAUUUUUCUUAAAGAGCUGGAAAAAUACGAACAGUUGCCUGAAGAUGUUGGCCAUUGCUUUGUAACAUGGGCUGAUAAGUUUCAGAUGUACGUGAACUACUGCAAGAACAAGCCAGACUCGACUCAGCUCAUCCUAGAGCAUGCUGGGAACUAUUUUGAUGAAAUUCAGCAGAGACACCGACUGGCCAACUCAAUCUCCUCUUAUCUGAUUAAGCCUGUGCAAAGAAUCACAAAAUAUCAGCUCUUGCUCAAGGAACUGCUGACAUGCUGUGAAGAAGGCAAAGGAGAAAUCAAGGACGGCUUGGAGGUGAUGCUUAGCGUUCCCAAGAGAGCCAACGACGCUAUGCAUCUCUCCAUGCUGGAAGGUUUCGAUGAGAACAUUGAGUCACAGGGCGAGCUGAUCCUACAGGAGUCCUUCCAGGUGUGGGAUCCAAAGACGCUAAUCCGCAAGGGCCGAGAGAGACAUCUCUUCCUCUUUGAAAUGUCCCUCGUCUUCAGCAAGGAGGUCAAGGACUCCAAUGGCAGGAGCAAAUACAUCUACAAGAGCAAACUCUUUACCUCCGAGUUAGGGGUGACAGAGCAUGUUGAAGGAGACCCUUGUAAGUUUGCUCUUUGGGUGGGACGCACACCGACGUCAGACAACAAGAUUGUUCUUAAGCUAAGUCAGGGAUCCAAACACGGAGCGAUGGCAUCCAACAUUGAGAACAAGCAGGACUGGAUCAAGCACAUCAGGGAGGUGAUCCAGGAGCGCACCAUUCACUUGAGGGGGGCGCUUAAAGAACCCAUACAUAUUCCCAAAGCGAGUGCUGCUAAGCACCACAAGGGCCGAAGGGACGGAGAAGAUCUUGACAGUCAAGGUGAAGGCAGCAGUCAACCAGACACAAUCUCUCUGGCCUCACGCACCUCCCAGAACACACUAGACAGUGACAAGCUCUCCGGUGGUUGCGAGCUGACGGUAGUGAUUCAUGACUUCAUGGCGAGUAACAGCAACGAGCUGACGGUGCGUCGCGGCCAGACGGUGGAGGUUCUGGAGCGUUGCCAUGACAAGCCCGACUGGUGCCUGGUGAGGACCACUGACCGCUCCCCGGCCUUAGAGGGCUUGGUGCCCUGUUCCAUGCUGUGCAUCGCGCACUCUCGCUCUUCCAUGGAGAUGGAGGGCAUCUUCAACCACAAAGACACAUUGUCAGUGUGCAGCAACGACUCCAUCAUGCCAGGAUCUUCUGCUACACUUCAGCCUGGUCAUGUAAUGGGCUCCCACUCUUCACCCGGACCUAAACGACCAGGCAACACAUUACGGAAGUGGCUGACCAGCCCCGUGCGGCGUCUGAGCAGCGGCAAAGCAGACGGUCACGUUAAGAAACUAGCCCACAAACAUAAGAAGAGCCGCGAAGUGAGGAAGAGCGGCGAGAUGACGAUGGGCUCCCAGAAGGACUCUGACGACAGCGCCGCCACGCCUCAGGACGAGACCGUGGAGGAGAGGGUCCGAAACGAAGGGCUUUCGAGUGGCACCUUGUCCAAAUCAAGUUCUUCGGGCAUGCAGAGUUGCGGCGAAGAGGAAGGCGAGGAGGGUCCCGACUCGGUGCCCCUACCUCCACCAAUGGCCAUUCAGCAGCAUAGCUUGCUACAGGCAGACUCGCAGGAUGAUAAGAACUCCUCUCGUCUGUCCGUCCGGCCGUCCAGCUCAGAAACUCCGAGCGCUGCCGAGUUAGUGAGCGCUAUCGAGGAGCUGGUCAAAAGCAAAAUGGCUCUGGAGGACCGGCCCAGCUCACUGUCAGUAGAACAAGGAGACAGCAGCUCUACCUCUUUUAACCCCUCAGACAACUCCCUUCUUUCCUCAUCGUCCCCCAUGGAAGAAAUGGACGAGCGGCGGGCAAGCAUCCUCAAGAAAAGACAUUUCAUUUUGCUGGACUUGGUGGAAACUGAGAGGGAUUACGUAAAAGAUCUCAGCCAGGUGGUGGAGGGUUAUAUGAGUAGAAUGAAAGAGGAAGGCGUCCCUGAUGACAUGAAGGGCAAAGACAAAAUUGUGUUUGGCAACAUCCAUCAAAUCUUUGACUGGCACAAAGAUUUCUUCCUCGGUGAGUUGGAGAAAUGUUUGGAGGAUCCAGAAAGACUGGGACCUCUCUUUCUCAAACAGGAGCGAAGACUAAACAUGUACGUGGUGUAUUGUCAAAACAAGCCCAAGUCUGAGCACGUUGUGGCAGAAUACAUCGAUACUUAUUUUGAGGACAUGAAGCAACGGCUUGGCCACAGACUGCAGAUAACAGACUUGCUCAUCAAGCCGGUCCAGAGGAUUAUGAAGUAUCAGCUCUUGCUCAAGGAUUUCCUGAAACACUCAAAAAAGGCAGGGCUCGAGUCUGCGGAUCUUGAGAAAGCAGUGGAGAUCAUGUGCAUCGUACCAAAAAGGUGCAACGACAUGAUGAAUGUUGGCCGGCUUCAGGGAUUUGAAGGCAAGAUCGUGGCCCAGGGACGCCUUCUUCUGCAGGACACGUUCAUGGUGACGGACGCAGAGAGCAGCGCGCUUGGCCGAGUAAAGGAGAGGAGAGUUUUCCUUUUUGAGCAGCUGCUUAUCUUCAGUGAGCCGUUGGACAAGAAGAAAGGCUUCUCUCUGCCCGGCUUCCUCUAUAAGAACAGCAUCAAGGUUAACAGUUUAGGUCUGGAAGAGAACGUAGAGGGCGAUCCCUGCAAGUUCAUGCUAACUUCUCGCUCCACGAACGGCACAGUGGAGUCAUUUGUGCUGCACUCCUCCCACCCUGGGGUGCGUGAAGUGUGGACUCUUCAGAUCGCCCAAAUACUGGAAUGCCAGCGCAAUUUUCUCAAUACUCUGACCUCACCAAUUGACUAUCAGAGGAACCAUGUUGCAGCAAGUGGGGGUACUUGUGUGUCCAGCGUUGGCUCUCCUAGUGGGAGUAGUAGUGGCACUAACGCACCGGGAAGUUCCCCAGCAAGCAGCUCCAUGCCCUCAGUCUCCCAGGGUGGCUGCCGCCGACCAUCCAGGAUCCCCCAACCCUCUCGUCUACCCCAACCCCUCCGCCAUCACCCCGGGGCCGAUCCCGACGGCCCCAACAAGAUGUCAGGUCCAAGUCCUCGUCCUGUUCCUCCCCCAGUACUCCCCACGGGGGGUAGCCCACAGGGCAAACGCCCAAUCCAGACUGUAGAGGAGCAAGCACAGACUCCUACAAGCGUUGUCGCUCCCAUGGUCCGUGCCACAGUUGGACCGUUGCCCUCCACUCCUUCUUCUAAAAUACGGCCCGUAGCCGUUCCCCCUUUGGUUCCUCCUACCUUUGUCAAGGAUUGUCUUCCGCCGCCCCCUCCCAGCCCCAGCCAGAAGUCUUCCUUCUGGAGCUCCAUGCCGGGAUCACCGGCUAGCCGCCCAAGCUCUUUUACCUUUCCGGGGGAGACUGCUGAGAGUCCGAUCCGUCAGAACUCUAACCAGAAUCCGAAUCAGAGCCACAGACACUCCACGCACAGCAAGGACGCUGACCGAAUGAGCACCUGCUCGUCCGCCAGCGAGCAGUCCAUCCAGUCCACUCAGAGUAAUGGGAGUGAAAGUAGCAGCAGCAGUAGCGUAUCCACCAUGUUGGUGACUCAGGACUACAUGGCGGUGAAGGAGGAUGAGAUCAGCGUGUGUCAAGGCGAAGUGGUUCAGAUUUUGGCCAGCAACCAGCAAAACAUGUUCCUGGUGUUCCGAGCGGCGACCGAGCAAGGCCCCGCCGCCGAAGGCUGGAUCCCUGGAUUCGUCCUCGGUCACACCUCGGCCGUCGCGCCCGAUUGCCCCGAAGGACCAAUAAAUAGGAAGUCUUCUUCGUGGCAAACGACCCUGCGCAUCCGAAAGAAAUCGGAGAAAAAGGAGAAGGAGUCGAAGAAAGACAACAAGCUAGAAAAUGGUUACAGGAAGUCCAGAGAUGGCAAUAAAGUUUCUGUAAAGCUUCUAAAUCCAAACUACAUCUACGAUGUUCCACCCGAGUUCCUGGUGCCUCUGAGCGACGUCACCUGCGACAAUGGAGAGAGCGUCACCUUGAGGUGUAAGGUGUGCGGUCGACCCCGCGCCACCAUCACCUGGAGAGGACCCAACCAGAGCAACCUCACCAACAAUGGCCGUUUCAGUAUCGCUUACAGCGACACCGGUGAAGCAACUCUGCGGAUCAUCGGCGUGGCGUCGGACGACGACGGCGUGUACACGUGCGUCGCCGCCAACGAGCUAGGCAGCGUUAUGUCAACGGCCAGCCUCAGAGUGCUUGCUGUGUCCACUGAUGGAUUGCGAGUGAGCUGGAAAGACAACUUUGACUCUCACUACGUCGAGGUGGUUGAACUGGGCAGGGGUCGCUUCUCUGUUGUCAAGCGUUGCGACCACCGGGCCACCAAGCGUCCGGUAGCCGUCAAGCUGGUCAACAAGAAGCUGAUGAGGCGGGACCGUGUCACGCAGGAAGUCAACCUGCUCCACAGGCUCCAACAUCCCAACAUCAUCAACCUGGUGGACACGUACGAGACCCCCGGCAGCUUUGUCCUAGUGCUGGAGAUGGCCGACCAAGGUCGUCUCCUUGAUUACAUCAUCAGCUGGGGCAAUCUUACAGAGGAAAAGGUGGCCUGCUACCUCCGAGACCUUUUGGAUGCUUUACAUUACUUGCACAACAGCAGAAUUGCUCAUCUGGACGUCAAACCCGAAAACCUGCUGGUGGUCCACGGUCCUGGCGGUCAACCGUCUGUCAAAUUGACUGACCUAGGCGACGCCGUGCAGCUGGGCGGCGCCCCCUACGUGCAUCCGCUGCUGGGCAGCCCCGAGUUCGCGUCUCCUGAGCUGGUGCUGGGCGAGCCGGUUUCGCUGACGUCGGAUGUAUGGAGUGUCGGCGUGGUGGCCUACGUGCUGUUGAGCGGUGCCUCGCCCUUCCUGGACGAGAGCGCCGAGGAGACCUGCCUCAACAUUUGCCGCCGGGACUUCAGCUUCCCCGAGGAUUACUUCCACGCCGUCAGUCAGGCGGCGCGCGACUUCGUCCGUCUGCUGCUUAGGACCGACCCCGCCGGGAGGCCGCCUUCGGGGCUGUGCUUGCAGGAAGCGUGGCUACGGGGCUCCGCCGCCGUCGACGAUGACGGACGCCCCGCUAGCGAGCGCUGCCUGGACACUUCGCGCCUCGUCUCUUUCAUCGACCGCAGGAAGCACCAGACUGACGCGCGGCCCAUCGGUGCGGUGCGCGGCUUCAUACGGAGCCGCCUGCAGAAUCGGGUCUGAACUCGGGUUGCCGAGGGCCGGGAUAGUUGCCAUAACGUACAAUCAAGUAAAAUGAGGCGAUAAAGGUACCCGUCAAGCGCGAAUGUCACUUCCGCCACGCCAAAAGAAAUGCCGAGCUGGUCCUUCUUCACAAAACGAUGAUUCACACAAAGUUCGUGGAUGCCCUCGUCUACUGCUGCUUGCUGCUUUACACUCACAUUUACAGAAAAACAUGUAAAAAGACAAAAAAAUUAUAUAAAAAUAUAUAUAGUACCGUACAAGUAAUUUAUUUUCCUUAGCAGGGGUCCAAAGGUGGCCCGAUUGAGAAAGUGAUGCCAUCCAGUGCGAUUUGGUUGGCUCUUUUACACUCAAAACUUUCGUACGCCUUCAAGAAAGGACAUGCCGUGCCGAGAUCCCACAACAACAGACAUUGUCUGUCAAUGGAACAAUAGCUGUUUAAUUAAGCCUUACUUGUCUAUACAUGACUUACAAAAAGUUACAGUGGUAUGAAAAAGUAUUUGAACCUUUUGGAAUUUCUCAUAUCUCUGCAUAAAAUCACAAUCCAAUGUGAUCUGAUCUUGUCAAAAUCACACAGAUGAAAAAACAGUAUCUGCUUUAACUAAAAGCAACCAAACAUUUGUAGGUUUUCCUAUUUUAAUGAGGAUAGCAUGCAAAAAAUGACAAAAAGAUGGAAAAUAUGUAAGUGCACCAUCACAUUUAAUAUUUUGUGGCCACAUCUUUGGCAGCAAUAACUUCGACUAGACGCUUGUUGUAGCUGCAGAUCAGUCUGGCACAUCGAUCAGGAUUAAUCUUGGCCCAUUCUUCCCUACAUAACUGCUGUAGUUCAGUCAGAUUCCUGGGAAGUCUGGCAUGAAUCGCUGUCUUUAGGUCACGCCACAGCAUCUCAAUGGGGUUCAAGUCUGGACUUUGACUUAUCUCCAGAGUGUGUAUUCUAAAACCAUUAUGAAGUUGACUUACUUCUGUGUUUUGGAUCAUUGUCUUGUUACAGCAUCCAUCCUUAUUUUAGCUUCAACUGACAGACGGCCUCAGGUUUUCCUACCAAACAUUCUGAUAAUUUUUUUAAUUCAUUCUUCCAUUAAUGAUUGCAAGUUGUCCAGGCCCCCAGGUAGCAAAACAGCCCCAAAUCAUGAUGCUCCCUCCACCAUGCUUCACGGUGGGGAUGAGGUGUUGAUGUUGGUGAGCUUUUCUAUUUUUCCUCCACACAUGACAUUUUGUGUUACUCCCAAACAAAUCAAUUUUUUUUUUUUUUUU